UGCGCAAGCACGACCGCCUCGGCGCGCCCGGGUUGGCUGCCCCGGCGGCCUCCUCGGCAGUCAUGGCUCCUCGGAUGUGAUAGUUUCCCCCGCCCCCUCGCGUAGGACGCGGCGGCGGGGCGGCGGUGGGAAGCCUAACUUUAUUGUUCCCCCGGCCCGUCUCCCGGCGCGUCCUCAGGAUGCUCGGGAGCUGAGCGCCGGGGGUGGCGGAGGGUCGCGGUCCGUCCGGGCCCUCGCCUCGGAGCGCAGGGCCAAGGGAGGGAGUCACGAUGUCUGGUAGCCGCCAGGCCGGCUCGGGUUCCGCUGGAACGAGCCCCGGCUCCUCGGCCGCCUCCUCGGUGACUUCCGCCUCCUCGUCCUUAUCCUCGUCUCCGUCGCCGCCGUCCGUGGCGGCCUCGGCGGCGACGCUGGUGUCCGGCGGCGUGGCUCCGGCCGCGGGCUCCGGCGGCCUCGGCGGCCCGGGGCGGCCUGUGCUGGUGGCGGCCGCGGUGUCUGGCAGCGCGAGCGCCGGCGGGGCGGUGUCCGCAGGCCAGUCCCGGCUCAGCUGUGCGGCCAGGCCCAGCGCCGGCGUUGGAGGGAGCAGCUCCAGCCUCGGCAGUAGCAGUAGGAAGCGACCUCUGCUCGUCCCGCUUUGCAACGGGCUCCUCAACUCCUACGAGGACAAAAGCAACGACUUCGUCUGUCCCAUCUGCUUUGAUAUGAUCGAGGAGGCAUACAUGACAAAAUGUGGCCACAGCUUUUGCUACAAGUGUAUUCAUCAGAGUUUGGAGGACAAUAAUAGAUGUCCCAAGUGUAAUUAUGUUGUGGACAAUAUUGACCAUCUCUAUCCUAAUUUCUUGGUGAAUGAACUCAUUCUCAAACAGAAGCAAAGAUUUGAGGAAAAGAGGUUCAAGUUGGACCACUCAGUGAGUAGCACCAAUGGGCAUAGGUGGCAAAUAUUUCAAGAUCUACUAGGAACUGAUCAAGAUAACCUUGAUUUGGCCAAUGUCAACCUCAUGUUGGAAUUAUUAGUGCAGAAGAAGAAACAACUGGAAGCAGUAAGUAGUGCCAAAACGUAAAAGAUACUUUUUAAAUGGUUGUGAGCUGCUAGAAAUCAAACCCAUCAAUUGGAGCAGAUCCAGAAGGAACUAAGUGUUUUGGAAGAGGAUAUUAAAAGAGUGGAAGAAAUGAGUGGCCUGUACUCUCCUGUCAGUGAAGAUAGCACAGUGCCUCAAUUUGAAGCUCCUUCUCCAUCACACAGUAGCAUUAUUGAUUCUACAGAAUACAGCCAACCUCCAGGUUUCAGUGGGACCUCUCAGACAAAGAAACAGCCUUGGUAUAACAGCACAUUAGCAUCAAGACGAAAGCGACUCACUGCUCAUUUUGAAGACUUAGAGCAGUGUUAUUUUUCUACAAGGAUGUCUCGUAUCUCAGAUGACAGUAGAACUGCAAGCCAGUUAGAUGAAUUUCAAGAAUGCUUGUCCAAGUUUACUCGAUACAACUCAGUAAGACCGUUGGCCACAUUGUCUUAUGCUAGUGAUCUCUAUAAUGGUUCCAGCAUAGUUUCUAGUAUUGAGUUUGACCGAGAUUGUGACUAUUUUGCAAUUGCUGGAGUUACAAAGAAGAUUAAAGUCUAUGAAUAUGGCACAGUCAUCCAGGAUGCAGUGGAUAUUCAUUACCCUGAGAAUGAAAUGACCUGCAAUUCCAAAAUCAGCUGUAUCAGUUGGAGUAGUUACCAUAAGAACCUGCUAGCCAGCAGUGAUUAUGAAGGCACUGUUAUACUAUGGGAUGGAUUCACAGGACAGAGGUCAAAGGUCUAUCAGGAACAUGAAAAAAGGUGUUGGAGUGUUGACUUUAAUCUGAUGGAUCCUAAACUUCUGGCUUCAGGUUCUGAUGAUGCAAAAGUGAAGCUGUGGUCUACCAAUUUAGACAAUUCUGUGGCGAGCAUUGAGGCAAAGGCUAACGUGUGCUGUGUGAAGUUCAGCCCCUCCUCCAGGUACCAUCUGGCUUUCGGCUGUGCAGAUCACUGUGUCCACUACUACGACCUUCGUAACACUAAACAGCCAAUAAUGGUAUUCAAGGGACACCGAAAAGCAGUGUCUUAUGCCAAGUUUGUGAGUGGUGAAGAAAUUGUCUCUGCCUCAACAGACAGCCAACUAAAGCUGUGGAAUGUGGGAAAACCAUACUGUCUACGUUCCUUCAAGGGUCAUAUUAAUGAAAAAAACUUUGUAGGCCUUGCUUCCAAUGGAGAUUAUAUAGCUUGUGGAAGUGAGAACAACUCCCUCUACCUGUAUUAUAAAGGACUUUCUAAAACUUUGCUAACUUUUAAGUUUGAUACAGUUAAGAGUGUAUUAGACAAAGAUCGGAAAGAAGAUGACACGAAUGAAUUUGUCAGUGCUGUGUGUUGGCGGGCACUAUCAGACGGGGAGUCCAAUGUGCUGAUUGCUGCUAACAGCCAGGGUACAAUUAAGGUGCUAGAAUUGGUAUAAAGAGUUUCCUGAAGUCAAACUGUGUUUGAUCCUCCCAAAAGCCAUCUGCAGCUGAUGAUGAGAAGAAAAAGAAAUGGCAUGUAAUGUCUCUCCCAACAUCAUUUGGAUUUGUUUUAAGUACCUUUUCCCUCCUUUAUGCCUUUGGGACAUUGGGAAUAUCCAGAGAAUUCGCCGCCAUCAGUGUAACUAUGAACUUUGCUGUUGGCAGUGUGGCUAAUUUUUGUGAUAGGGAAACAAAUUCUUUUAAAUAAAAAUAAAUAACAACAACAAAAAGUUUAUUGAGCCACAGCUGAACUGGGAACACCUUUUUGUUAGAUGGGGUGAGAGUCUUUUGAAGAAGUUGCACUUAUGGGGGUUAUACAGAAUGUUCUGGCUGGAGCUGGAGAGAGGCUCAGAGAAUAAGAGCACUGGCUGCUCCUACAGAGGAUCUGGGUUCAGUCCCCAGCACCUACCUACGUAGCAGCCGCUUAUGAUUCCAGUAGGAGAUCUGACGUCCUCUUCUGGCUCUUUAAGCACCAGGCAUGCAUGUGGUGCACAUUCAAAGAUCCAGAUACAACGCUCACACAUAAAAAAUGAAAAUAAAUCUUAUUUUAAAAGGAAGAAAAAUGUACUGGUGAGUAAUUUUAUUGUUGUGUUUCUCAACCCAUUUGGAAUAUCAACAUAAACAAAUGAUAAAAUGUGUCGAUUCCUUCCAGGGAACUUAAUGUUUACAAUUUAAAAAAUAAAAUAAAGAAUUCCUUUUUCUAUCCCCUGAUUAGAUAGUCACCAUCAGACCUUAUCUGGUCAGAGAUCUAAGAGUUUGACUUAAUGAGAUCAAGUCAACAGGGAAGGACUUUCCUUACAACUGCUGGUUCUCUUUUGCACCAAUAAUCCCUCAAUUAUACUGGCCAAGACUGAUCUCUGACUUAGAACAAGGUCAACCAACCUUUUCAUAAAAGAACAUAUAGGAAAUACUUCAGGCGUCGCUGGCCAGGUGGUCUCUGUUAUAACUGUUAGGGAACUAAUGUUAGCUCUGCCAAUGUAUCAGGGAAGUAGCUACUAUAGUUAGUGGACAAAUGGGCAUGGCUAGAAAAUAGGUAGAAUUUCAAACUAUCUGCAGCUCGUUAUCUGCAAUGCCCUGAUUUAAACUUGUAUGCUCUGGUACCUAUCCCAAGUUUCCAAACCAUGUGACCUCUUAAAUUGUCUAGUUAAUAUAUAAAUCAUUUUUACAUUGCAGGGCAUUGGGUCACGCAAAAGUAAUGUGGAUAAUACAUUUCAGCAAAUGGUUCAAGUGAAAUUCUCCACACAUUUCAUAAAACAUCUUCACAAAGGAUUGUUGGAUACAGAUAUCAGAUAUGCAUGAUCCACUAUCCAGUGGAUCCCUCAGCUAAAUGUUACUGAUACCUAAGUAAGCUCACAUUUUUUUUGGACUUAAAUUAUUGAAGCCAAUUGUCUUUUGAGGCUUUAAACUCUUUCGACUACCAGAAAGUCAUAUAACACAUAUAACUAUAUUAACAGAAAUCCCAACAGAACUAAAGCAAUAGUACAUGCCCAACAUAGACUUCUGCUGCAAAGCAUGCAUAGUUCGUGAGGCUGCUUAGAAAAGAGGAAACUUAGGACAGAGGAAAAGUAAUUAGACAAUAGUUUGUGUAAGGUUUUAUCAUCCAACUUGAGUGAAACUUAUUAGUUUUCCUCAAACUUGAGUGAAAUUUCGUAGUUUUCAUAGCUUCAAAAGAAUUUCAUCUUUCAUAACUUCUUACAUUUAAAACUUGCUAAACUCAAUGGCCUCAAGUCUGAGAGAAAAGGCUCGAGAAAUGGCUCAGCAGUCAAGAGUCCUGCUGCUCUUGGAGAGAACCCAAGUUUGCUUCCUAGGACCCACAGAUGACCUCACAACUACUUCAAACCCCAGUUCCAAAGAAUCUGACACCCUUUUUUAACAUCCAGGGGCCCAAGGCAUGGAUGUGGUACACAGACAUAUGUGCAGGAGAAACACCCAUACAUAUAAACAAAUCCUUAAAAAAAUCAGAAGUUACCAUCUGUCACCAGUGAAUGUUAAAAUUAGUAAAUGUCCAUUUGUGAAGAUGUAGGAAGUAUACUCUAACAGAGGUGCUGGUGCUAGGGAUGAGUGCCCCAAACAUCUUCAAAAUAGGAAGCAGUUAGUGCCACCUUGAAUGCCUUUAAAUAGAAGUGAUGUUUUUGCUCAUUUAUAUUGUUUUUCCAUGCCUACACUUUUAAUCUCAAGCUCUCCAUAUUAUAUGAGUCGAUCAUGUUAGUUUCCAUGUUUAGAAAAUAUAGAACUGUUUGGUUAUCAAAGGGAUAUGACUUUUUAGAAAUAAAUUAUUUUAAGAUAGUACUUUUUUUUUUUUUUUAAGAAAGUUUACCAUGUAGCACAAACCAAACUCAGUUUUACUCUGUAGUCACAAGUAGCCCUGAGCUUCUGAUCAUCCUGUCUCCCCACCCCUGGGGCUGCUGGGAUAUAAUCAUGUGUCAUCCCUCCCAGUUUUAAGUGGUGCUAAAGUGCUAGGGAAUGAAACCUAGGGCUCUGUGCAUGCUACAUCUGUAACCCCUUAGUUAGAUUUCUUUUUUCCUUUUUCUUGAAAAUCAUAACUUUCUAAAGUUGACUUAGUCUCUGCAGGACAUUGAGAUCAAAUUAAUAAUGUUAUUCCUUGUAAAAAUAUAAUACUUAAAUUAAGUUUUACCUUAAUCUUCAUUUCAGGGGUUUUGUAGGGUUUCUUACACAACUUGUCUUUAUUCCCAUUCGUCGACUAAUGUGAAUAAAAAAUUAAAGUUUGCAUUACUUUGUAGAAUUAUUGUAAAUUGACCUGAUAUUAAAAACAAAUUAAGAAACCAAAGCUAGAUAUGGUGGCAUACUUCUGUCAUCUUGGUGCUUGGGAGGUAAGAGGCAGGAAGGUCAUGAAUUCAGGAUCAUUCUCAACAGCAGAGUGCAGUCUAGGCCACCUGCACUACCUGAAAUGAAAUAUGGAACCGAGCUACAACUUUUAGAAAGAUUUCUCUUUCUGUACUGCAAAGAAGAAAGAACACAGGAUGAGUUUGAACAGAGGAGCCCAAUACAGUGGCACUUUUAGCACAUGAUUAAGAAUUUGGAUUUUUAUAAAGCAGAAUGGUGGGAUCUGAUCAUGGGAAAAUAGUUGGAAGUUAAUAGGAGCUUGGGUCAAAGAUAAUGUUAGCCACCCCAAAUCCUGCAUCAUCUAUUGGCAUUCACCACAGUCUUUACUAAGAGAACUUACCCUAGGGAGUUUAUUUUUCAGCGAUUGUAUUAUCCUCAGCAAGCUUAAGUUACUUGAAAACAUCAUGGCCACAGUGCUUAUGAACGUGUAGCUAAGCAAAUGUAGAAGACAUCUAGCCCUA